AUGUCUGCUUUAGACAAAGUGAAGAGAAAACCCAUCCGGCUCAUCGCUGCAGCCUGCAACGGCAUGGGGAUUGGAAAAGACGGACACCUCCCGUGGAGCUUGACGUCUGAAUUCCAGUACUUUGUCAAAACUGUUACCAGAGUCUCGCGGCCAGGAAAUAUGAACAUGUUGGUGUGGGGCAAAAUUUGCUGGUAUUCAGAACCUGAGAGCUUAUUCCCAAUGUCAAAUGUUCUGCAUGUGGUCCUUAGUAAAACUCUAAGCACUGUUCCAGAUCACGCCCACUUUCUGUGCCAGGAUUUUGAGAGUAGCAUCCUCCUGGCCACGCUGCCUCCGCUCGGUGACUUGAUAGAGACCAUUUGGGUUGUCGGUGGGGUCCAGGUCUACGAGGACGGCUUGAAGCACCCAUGGUGCGACUUGGUUUACCUCACAAACAUCAUGGCCGACUUUGACUGCAACGUUUUCUUUCCGCCGUUUGAUAGACGUGUCUAUAAAUUGCAAGAGGGAUUUCCGGGAGUUCCAAGUGAAAUUCAAGAGGAGGACGGCAUAAAGUAUAAAUUUGAAGUAUUCAAGAAGGAAAUUUGUGACGUGGAAGACUGA